AGCGAGCAUUGCUUUUAGAUCUAUCAUAUAUACAGAUUCCAUUAUGCAACGUGCAAAAUUGGUCGUGUAUAAAACUCGUCGUUACAUAUCCACGCAUCUAGACGCACCUGCAUCCAAAUAUGUCUACUCUCUCCGUGCAGAAUCUCUCCGUGCAGAACGAGCACCGUCCGAAACAGAGUUCGGCUCCGGCCACAACUUGGGUCAACCACCUCCCUUCCAGCAUCCGUCCUUACUUGUAUCUCAUACGAGCUGACAAACCUGCUGCAAUACUCUUGCUGUUCUAUCCAUGUGCAUGGUCGGUCACCAUGACCUGUUAUGCACUCAGUGCGCCAAUCACGACCGCGUGGACAUAUGUUGGAUUUUUCCUUUUGGCUUCCUUUGUGUUCCGCUCCGCUGGGUGUGUAAUCAACGACAUGUGGGACAGACACAUUGACGCUGCCGUUUCACGAACUCGCACCCGACCCUUGGCUGCUGGUGACAUCACGAGAUUACAAGCAUUUAUCUUCCUUAUUCCUCUGUUGGCACUUGGCAUCUGGCUGUUUAUGCAGUUAAAUGAAUACAGUACGGCUCUAGGACUCUCUUCCCUGGGUUUAGUUGUGUUGUAUCCUGCCAUGAAGCGGGUAACCGACUGGCCACAAGCUGUACUUGCAUUGUGCUUUAACUGGGGAGCACUCCUGGGAGCAGCCUCUAUUGCCGGAGCAGUUGACUGGAAGGUAUACAUCCCUCUAUACGUGGGGGCUGCAUGCUGGACAAUCGAGUACGAUACUUCUUACGCCCGUCAAGACCGAGAUGAUGACAUGAAAAACGGCAAUCAUUCGACCACGAUUAUUUUUGGAGACCGGAUCAGACCAAUCCUGUUAAUGUUUUCCAUCUUCGCCUGUUCGUUGGUGGCGUACGCUGGAAUCCUCAACGGGCAUGGCUUCCCGUAUUUCAUUGGUGUGGCCCUUGGGGCACUUCACCUUGUGCGAUUCAUCGCCAAGAUUGACUUUGAAGAUAAGAAGAGUUGCAAUGAUAGUCUCCACAACAACCUUUGGUUUGGUUUCUGUAUUUGGGCGGGAGCUAUGGCCGACUACAUUUUGAAGAUGCAGUCAUAGAUGCUAUGAUCAACUUUUGAUUGCUCUUAGACACGUUUACACCUUCCGAGGUUAUCUAGAUCACAACGGCGUUCGGCUGCGCCGCUCCCUGACUCCCACACGAACCACUUUCAUCAUUAGACAUGUAAUACAUUGACUUUCUGUGACCCCAAGGUGCGCGAAUCGCGCUGAAUGCUUUGUUGUGCCAAAGGCUGCAUACUAUGUGCACUUGUUAUAACGCCGUGUGGCGUGUCGCC